GUGUGCGUGUGUGUGCCUGUGUGUGUGCGCCAGCCUCUCAGUCCUUGUCCCCGGUAUCGACUCGUGCGCUUUAUCCCUGACAUAUGCGCGCGUUUUCUGGGCACCAUGUCGCAACUCCUCGCGUACCUGCAGGACUCGGAGCUCGUGGCCCGGUUCCAGAGACGCUGUGGGCUGUACCUGAUCCAAGAAGAAGAAGAAGGAGCAGCCGAAGCACAUCCCAACGCCUCCCCGGACCAACCGUGCCAAACCGGAACCGCCAGUACAGACGAAACACUUGCACAUCUGCGCCAAAGAUUCGACAACAACAACUCCAACUGGGGAUAUAAAGAGAAUGGACACUGUGUCAGGGAGCGGAGCGGGCCUGAGUACGAGGUCAGGGCUCCUCUGCUCCACCUGCUCUUCCUCUUCUCCUCCGCUCUGGGACACGAGGUCUUCUACAUCAGCUGUCUGCCCUGGCUGCACUGGAACCUGGACCCAUUCCUGUGUCGUCGGCUGGUCAACAUGUGGACGGUGGUGAUGUACGUGGGGCAGGUGCUGAAGGACCUGCUGAAGUUGCCCCGCCCCCUCUCGCCCCCUGUGGUCAAACUGGAGAAACGCGUCGUGGCCGAAUACGGACUUCCUUCCACCCACGCCAUGGCCGCCACCGCGAUCUCAUUCACAUUCCUGUACAGCGCCCCCUCCAGGAUACAGUUCCCGUUCGAGGUUGGGCUGAUCGUCGCUGUGACUCUUUCUUCUCUCGUCUGUCUCAGCCGCAUCUACACCGGCAUGCACUCUGUACUGGACGUCAUCUGUGGCAUCUCCAUCUCCUUUUGCAUUCUGUCCAUCACUUAUCCCUUCUGGGACACGUUUGAUCACUACCAGCUCACCAGCCCCCUCUCCCCUCUGUUUGGUAUAGGCCUCCCCCUCCUCCUCAGCUACACUUACCCCGACCUGGGACACUAUAGUACCACCCGGGGGGACACCACCACCAUCUUGGGCGUCUGCGCGGGUUGCUCCGUCGGUUACUGGUUUAACGCCCAACUCGGAGAGACAUUCGAACCCAAAGACACAUUACCAGUACCUUUACCUAAAGUUACUGGAACUGCCUUUACAUAUGGAACUGUACGGUUUAUAUUAGGGGUGCUAGCGUUGGUAGGGACAAGGCAGUUGGUUAAAAUGGCGAGCUUACACUUUCUAUAUUGGGUCUACAAAGUGCCAAAAUCAGACCAAAAUGCAAGAAAAAGGAAAGAAAUUGAGGUACCAUAUAAAUUUGUGACCUAUACCUCAGUGGGAUUGGUGAAUUCCAUACUCGUCAAUAGAGCUUUUGUUUACAUGGGACUACUAUGACGGGUCCCACUGUUUUAGGGGCCCAGAAUUGGACCUUCAUCCUAUUAAUUUAUACCAUAGGGGGGCCCAUGUGAGGCUUCUUCCCCCAGGAUCCCAAAAGUUCUCUUGACGGGCCUGGCAAUACUACAGAGCUCUGCAAUGAAACAGUAAAGUACCUCAUGAUGUAUUUAUUUCAAUAUAUUUUUAUGUACUACAGUAUUCACAGAAGAGUCAGAUUUUUUAUUUUUUAUUUUUUGUCGAGAGCAUUGUUAAAGUUUUUAUUUAUAUCUGUUAGGCAAAAUAUAUAGGUAAAGAAAAUAUAUAUAAAUUCCUAUUAGGAUUGUGUAAUUAAUCAAUAAUAUACAAAUUUAUAUUGAAAUACAGGUUUAUUUGUGUUUAAUGAGAGAAAUGAAAUUGAAAUCAACCAUCAAUAUUAUGGGGAAAAAUGUGAUAUAUUUUGUCAUAUCGCCCAGCCCUAAUUCCCAAAUUCUAUAAUAAUAUAAAAUUCUGUAAUAUUUAAAAGUAUACAAAAAAGUUCUAUUUGAAGAAAGGCAGCUCCAUAACUUCUAAACGCUCCUUAACAUUUUUUCAAGCUGUAAAAUCCAGCCCACACUGAGGAAACAACAUUAGUUUGUGUUUCUUUUGUACCAGUUUAAACCAAAUAAAUGUUCCGUGAUUGU